CUUUUCCUUUGGCAUGUGCACUGUUGAGACACUAACAGAAAAAGCAGUUAUUUAUUUUCACAUACAUGAUUCAUGCAUUACAUGUUUCAAUUAAAUUAAUGUUCAGCUUUGGUCCAGCAAUAUCUAUCUACCUAGAAGAUUUGAUUUUCCAAUGCUGGAUCUUUUGUUAAUGCAAUCUUAUUCUAAUGGUAAAAAUAUUGAAUUUUGGUAGUUGGGUGAGGGGAAAGUGAAGGGUAUUAUAAGCUUUAGCUAGUUAUAUAGGAGGAGGAGUCUCAGUUUAGUUCAACUCACAUUCAUUCACCUAUUGAAAUUCACAGUAGCCAAAAUCAUUGAAUAUAUCAACAACCCUUGUUGAUUUUUAGUUUUUUCUAUCCAUUCUUGCUCUUUGGAGAAGGAAGCAUUAUGGGAGUAGUUAGUGAUAAUACAUACUCAAAUGGAUCUGUUCAGAAUUGUAAUGGUUUAGAGGAGAAGCUUGAUGAUCUAAGAAAGCUAAUUGGUAAAGCUGAUGGUGAUCCUUUGAGACUUGUGAGUGUUGGAGCUGGUGCUUGGGGAAGUGUUUUUGCAGCUUUGUUACAAGACAAUUAUGGCCAAUUCAGGGACAAGAUGCAAAUCAGGAUAUGGAGGAGAGCAGGGAGGGCAGUGGACAGAGCCACUGCAGAGCACCUGUUUGAAGUAAUUAACAGCAGAGAGGAUGUGUUGAGGAGGCUGAUCCGGCGCUGCGCGUAUCUGAAAUAUGUUGAGGCGAGGCUCGGUGAUAGGACACUCUUUGCUGAUGAGAUUUUGAAAGAUGGAUUCUGCCUGAACAUGAUUGAUACUCCACUUUGUCCACUGAAGGUGGUCACUAACUUGCAGGAAGCUGUUUGGGAUGCUGAUAUUGUGGUUAAUGGUUUGCCUUCAACUGAGACAAGGGAGAUUUUUGAAGAGAUUAGUAAGUAUUGGAAGGAGAGAAUCACAGUGCCUAUAAUCAUCUCUUUAUCAAAGGGUAUUGAAGCAGCAUUGGAUCCUGUUCCCCAUAUUAUUACUCCCACCAAAAUGAUUAACCAAGCAACUGGAGUGCCUAUGGAAAACAUUCUAUAUCUGGGAGGUCCAAAUAUUGCCUCAGAAGUCUACAACAAGGAGUAUGCCAAUGCUCGAAUAUGUGGAGCUGAGAAAUGGAGGAAACAUAUCGCAAAGUUUCUACGACAACCGCAAUUUAUUGUCUGGGACAACAGUGACCUCGUCACUCAUGAGGUUAUGGGUGGCUUGAAAAAUGUCUAUGCCAUUGGAGCUGGAAUGGUAGCAGCCCUUACCAAUGAGAGUGCUACCAGCAAAUCUGUGUACUUUGCACAUUGUACUUCAGAGAUGAUAUUCAUCACUCACUUGUUGACUAAAGAGCCUGAGAAACUUGCGGGGCCACUACUCGCUGACACUUAUGUGACCUUGUUAAAAGGAAGGAAUGCAUGGUAUGGCCAGAUGUUAGCUAAGGGAACACUAAGCCCAGCCAUGGGUGACAGCAUUAGUGGCAAAGGAAUGAUUCAGGGUGUGUCUGCAGUGGAGGCAUUCUUUGAACUUUUGAGCCAAUCAAGCCUGAACGUGUUGCAUCCCGACGAAAACAAGCCUGUUGCUCCUGUUGAACUCUGCCCUAUCUUGAAGACACUCUACAAAAUAUUGAUAUCCAGGGAACAGUCAUCACAAGCCAUUCUAAAAGCUUUGAGGGAUGAAAAUCUGAAUGAUCCUCGCGAACGCAUUGAGAUUGCACAAAGCCAUGCUUUCUACAGGCCUUCCCUUCUUGGACAACCGUGAUUGUUUUCUCUUGGUAAAAACAAAUAUGGAUGUAACCAUAUAUAGGAAACAUUAGUCAAAGGGACAUAAAUCAUUAUUAUUUUGUGAUGGAUUUUAUAUUACAUUAUUGUAUGUAUAUAUGUCAAAAUAUAAGCAACCGAGCAUUGGGACUGAUAAUUCCCCAAAAACACUGCACAAGCCUUGCCCUAUAGGACAGUCUGCACUCAAGAUCACUAUUACUCUUCACAUAGAUUUCAGAACAAAAUUACCAUUGCAACUCAGUGUCCAGGAAUUGUUGUUGCGAAAAAGACUUAGUUUGAGGAAGAUCAUCGUCUUUCUACCGGUGAGUAUAAGAAGUACCUCCGGUUUAUGGCAUAUAAACAUGCUUUUUCUUUGACCAUCAUAGCACAUACUAGUAAUUCUACACUACCUUCUAGAUCAUAGAUUUUAGAUUCUUGUACUUUGAUGACUUGGCUGGUAAUUCUUCUUUUUUCA